UUAAAGAACGGAAACAUUGAUUUUAAAAUGUGUAUCAUGAAUGAAUUUAUAGUGCUUUUGACUGCUAAUUUCAUCAUUUUUAUCUUUGGGCAAUGUUGGACAAUUUGUCACCAUUUGUCAUAAUUUGAUCAUUCAGAUAAUGCAUGCAAUUAUUGUACUGACUACUGAUAAAAAACAAACUUUUUGCACAUAAUUCUGCUCAAUUUUCAGUAAUUCUACUCUGCUGACCCAGAAAUAUCAAGAUGAAGUCAAUGAUAAAAUAUAAAAGAGGUUUGCAUUGCAUCAACUCCACUAGUGACACUGAUGGUCUGAUGUGAUAAUCUUUAGUCAUGCUUGGCUCAUUUUAGAUAGAUAUGAAAUCAACAAUUUGUAUUUAUAACUGUUUUUGGGUGGUAAAGAAAAUUCUCAUAAGACGGCCGUGCAUUGUAAGAUUUUCUGCUCGACUGGUUUUAUUAUGACCAUAGUUUAAUCAUUAUACAUGUAUUAGCAGAGUGCAGAGAUUUAAAUCCUUGUAGGUAUAAUUUUUGUAGAUCCAUCGGAGGGCAUUGUCGUUUCUGGUCGCAUUCUAUCAGGGAGGGGACCAGUUGUCCAUGUGAACUCAUCCUAGGUUUCCUUGCCUCUAGAAACAUCUCUCAAUAGCUGAUUUUGCGCUUCCGAAACACCAGCUGAGAUUUUAGCGAUCGCAGUGGGAUGAUUGAGUCACAUGUAGGUAAAUAUUUCAGUGUUUAUCGAAGUACAAGGGACAACUUGAAAUUAACAGAUUCUUGAUUGCGUAGUGGAGUUUUACAUUGAUAUUUCAUUUGGGAGCUACAUUGAUCAAAGAAAACGCCAUUUAGAGCAUUUCAUUUCAAGAGCAGAGAACAACAGUAGGAGACGUUUGUUCUGAUCCUGGAUUAACUGAUGUUUUAGUUAUGGGAGUUAUGAUUGAGGGAUUUUAAAUUCAUUCAUUGAAUGUUGAUGUAUGAUGCUGCUUGACCGGUACCCUGUGUGACUAUACAGACCAUCCAUGUAACAAUCUCAGGAGAUGGGCUAUGGGAAGCCACAAAUGACAUCACUGAUUGUACAUUCCUCACUUUUCCUAGCAUUCCUCACCUCGCUGACACAUUCAGCGAAUGCAGAGUACAGAUGGAGGGCCGAUUCAUGGUCUGAUUGUGAGAAACCCUAUGGGACCUGUGGACGAGGUGGCACACAGCGGCGAAAUGUGUGGUGUGAGAAAUCCUAUCCCGUCCAACAGAGUGUUCCCCACUCGCUGUGUAGGAACUCGGGAUAUGACGAACCUCUGCAGGAGCAGUCCUGUUACAAAUCGUGUGAUUCUGUGGGUAGCUACCAAGUGAGGUGGGUGGUCGGACGAUGGUCCGAGUGUCAAAUAGAGUUGCAGGGAGUGGACUGUGCAAAGAAUCUCGGUUACCAAACGCGGGACGUUUACUGUGUAUAUCAGAUUACAGGAGAUCGGACAGAGGAUUCAGUGUGUGCAUCGUUUAAUCAGGGGAAGCCCCCUACACGGCAAUCUUGCAAGUACAACUGUCCGCAAAACUGUGUCGUGGGCGAAUUCUCUGAGUGGAGCUCAUGUGACGAUUGCCGGUUUCUAAACCGGAGUAGGACUAGAGAUAUCAUUGUGCCAAAUAAUAACAGAGGCAAGCCUUGCCCCGAUUUUUCCGAAAUGUCUCCCUGCAGCAAUUGUAGUGAUAAAUAUUUCCUGAAUUUCACUCCCUGGUCCUUUUGUCAGGUGUUUCCAGAUCCAUCUAACUCGCGCAUUCCAUACAAUCCUUACAUUGGUAACCAAGAUCGCUCCUUUGACUGUUUCAAUAUCCGAGGUCAGAAAGAGGAAUUAUCGAAGUGUACGGGGAAGUUCCAGCCGUUCUCCUUCAGACAGUCGUGCAUCAUCAGUCAGGAUUGUGUCCUCGGGCCGUGGCAGGGACUGACCACCAUCAACCAGACCUGUGUGUCGAGGAACAAUGUCGUCAAGUCCGGCUAUCUCUACCAGAAGAGAGACGUCAUUCAGAUCCCGCUGGGCGACGGCAAGCCUUGCGGUCCAUUAGAAGAAUACAUACCAAUAAAGUCUAGUCAGAAAAUCAACUGUCCAAGAACCCAGUGGAUAAUGUCUGAUUGGUCAGAAUGUAAGCCAAUCCAAGGCCACCAGCAGUGUAAUACAGGAAUACAGGACCGAUACAUCUUCUGUGUACAAAUAGAUCAAGCUGGCCGACAGACUCCUGUGGAGGAAUCGGAAUGUAGUCCAGAGAAAAGACCUCUGUCUUCACGAACCUGUCCCACCCAGUGUAAGACGGACUGUACAGUGUCCAUCUGGAGUCAGUGGUCCCAAUGUAAAGUCACUGACUGUGAAAUGUACGCUAGACGGCGCAGAAACAACAAGAAAACUGGACAGCGAUACAGAACGCGUGCAACAAUCACUGAGCCUGCACAGGGAGGUCAGAUGUGUCCCCAUCUGAGUGAGACCCAGAACUGUGACCCAGAGCCCUGUUACACCUGGCAUGUGAAACAAGGAGUGUGUAUCCCACAGCAGUCUACCUGUGGGGUGGGCAUCUCCCAUCAAACUGUCUCUUGCUUCAAUCGGAACAUGACUAGUGUGGUUGACAGCAGGUGCUCAGAACUGAAGCAGCAGCCCCCCACCCAGGUACAGUGUGUGGUGUCCUGUGCUGAUGACUGCGUGCUGUCUGAGUGGACAGAAUGGUCUGAGUGUCCGAGGAUCUGUCAGAACAACAUCUUCCCCAGACCCACGCUCAAACACCGCACCAGGACCAUACUGGCCAAGGCUGCCGGACAAGUGAGUAACUGUCAGGCCACACUAAGGGAACAAGGAGAGUGCCCGACUGUGAUUGAGUGUGACACCUACACGUGGCAGCCCGAGCCCUGGGGGCCCUGUUUGCUGGACAACCCCGUCAAGGGUUGUGGUAGGGGGGAGAGGAAUAGGAUCGUCCACUGUUACAGCAACCUGACAUCAGUGUCUGAGGUCAAGUGUGCGUUGGAGGUGAAGCCUCCAGUCAAAGAGGUUUGCACAGAGCCUUGUCCUGAGAAUUGUAACGUCUCUACAUGGUCGGCUUGGUCUGAAUGUUCUGCCACCUGUACUUCAGCCAACACGCUUUCCAAUCCGUCAAAGAGCCGUCGUCGUUACAUUGAGGUACACCCUAAGAACGGUGGGGUGCUGUGUCCCAGCCUGCUGAAGGAGGUCAAGGUGUGCUUUGACCUGCCGGUCUGUAACCAGUACCAGUGGAAUGUGACGGACUGGAGCGAGUGUAUCCUACACAGGAAGGAGAAGUGUGGUCGUGGGCUCAAAGCCAGGAAUGUGACCUGCCUGCUGAAUGAUGGCUCAGUGAGUCCUAUAAACAACUGUCUGACCAGUGUGGGACAGAUGCCGGUGGUUGCCGAGCCCUGCUACAUCGCCUGUGAGGACGAGUGUCUGUUCACUGAUUGGACGCCCUGGUCAAAGUGUUUGCAAGGGUGCGGCAGUAAGCGAUUCCGGCAAAGAAGUUCAAAAAUUGGUAGCAAUCCACCCCCAGAAUGCAGUGACAUGAUCAAGUACCCCCGAUAUGAGCCAGAUGUCUGCCACUGUGACCUGAUUAAGGAGGAACUGGGAGGGGAAUUCUCCCAAUGUAUCCUGGACCCACCAAAAGAAUCGUCUGGACUCCUCCGACCAAUAUCCACCUCAUCAAAGAGAGAUAAUCUAGCACCAUCUAAGGAUGAAGGAAAAGUGUGUGGGUGGGGACAAAAAAUCCGUUACGUGGCGUGUCAGUCAAGCUCAGCAGCCUCCAGUCUCAGGCGGUGCUCAGAAGCAGUGAGUUUGGAAGUCAAGCAUUGCAAUAUACCUUGUCCUAACGACUGUAAAAUGGCACAGUGGAGUGAAUGGUCAAAAUGUCCAUCAAAAUGUCGACCAGGCAUCCAAAAAAGAUCUCGCUACAUCGAGCAGCUCAACUCCGCUGGAGGGCGACAAUGUCCAAGUCUAGACAGCACACAGACAGAGACUCAAACUCGACUCUGCCACCCCGAGUGCUCUCAGUACAUAUGGAAGGCCUACGAGUGGAGCAUGUGUGACAGCAACAGUCGUACGUGUGGAGAUGGGACCCAGAGGAGAGUGGUCAACUGUGUGAUUGUCAAUGUCAAUGGUGACACCACAGGAAUCACUACAGAAGACAACUGUGCCGGCCAGGUCAAGCCACACAGUGAGCAGCAGUGUCGAUUGGCGUGUGUCGGGGAGUGCGUGAUGUCAGAUUGGACUGAGUGGACAGAAUGUCCAAGGCCAUGCUCAAACGGAUACCAAAAACAGACUCGUACUCGUAAAAUCAUGCGGCAUGCUAGCAGGUACCACCCUCGCUGUGGGGAGACUGAGGACUACAGGGACUGUAUCAAGGACAUUAACUGUGUGGACUACCACUGGUCCUGGAUGCCCUGGACCUCGUGUCUGAUCAACAAUGGUAACGAGGAGUGUGGGAGGGGCCUCCAGGAGAGGUUCCCUAUGUGUCGGACCCACAACGAGGUGGAUGUGGACGACCGCAUCUGUACUCAGAUCAUCGGUCCCCCUGAGCAUGGUAAGAGGACGAAUGACUGCGAGGUGCCAUGUGAUGUGGACUGCCUUGUUUCUGAUUGGACGGAAUGGUCCUCAUGUAGUCAGACUUGUGGAAUAGGAGAGAGUACCAGGGAACGAGUGGUUGUGGAACAGUACACAGGAAAUGGCCGUAAAUGUCCCUCGGAUCUGGUCCAGACAAAGCCGUGCUACCCCAAGGGAUGCUACCGCUGGACCAUCUCUGACUGGUCCCCCUGUAUGCCUCAGAAAAACAUGUGUGGUGCUGGCAUUCAGAUGAGGAAUGUUUCCUGUUUGGGGGAUGAUGGACUGCCCGCAGACCCCGAGAAGUGUCCUCCCGACCUUGAUAUACUUGUACUGAAGACAGAACAGAAAUGUGAAGUCCUCUGCCCCUGGGACUGUGUCCUGACUGAAUGGUCUGAGUGGAGCAAGUGCUUUGUCAACUGUGCUGAUUUUGCUAUAGGGGCAACGCAGGGUAAAACCAGCAGGUCCCGAGCCAUCAUUUCCCAAGGUCUGAUUCCUUGUAAUGACAAGCUAUGGGAAACAAAGAUUUGCCCAGCCACGGAUUGUACCAGUUUUUCUUGGGUGGCCUCCCCUUGGACUAAUGGCAAAAGAGAGGUAUCCUGUCAGACCUCAGAUGGAUUAGGAGUAAACAAAGAGGCCUGUCAUGGUUCCGUCCACCCCUCGUCGGUUCUGUCCUGUGACCCCCCAUGUAAUGGGGACCACAUGGUCUGUAAUGACACCAAUACCUGUGGGUGCGAGGCGGACUUUGUGGCACUGACCGAUAUCAUGGGACAGGUUGUGAGAUGUGUAGAACAGAACAGCACGCUGAAUGUGGGGGCACAAAAAAAGGACUCGGAGGAGGAAAUAGAGACUAACUACUGGAUGUAUGCGGUGGUGGCAGCAGGGACUCUGUUCAUCGUGUUUGUGGCUCUGGCCCUGUACCACAUGAGCGAUUUCUUUAAAAAUGGGCCACGUCCUCAUGGUGAGCCAAAAGAGGAGAAAAAGUCCAUAGGCAUAGAGAGUACGGACACCGCCACUAGAAUAUCUCGCCAAGGCAAUGAGAACUGUAACGUCUGCAGUCAGAUACCUGUUCCUGUGGAAACCAUGGUAACAACCAGUAAUGGCAGGACGGAGAUUCGGCUAGCAGAUGAUGUAGGUCCAUACGUUCAAUCCUGGAAUCGUAAAGGCUUGGCUAACCGUCUUGCUGAUGCUCUCUCCUGCUUAAUUCCUUGCAUGACUAAAAAUUCUUAUUCUGUGCAUGUGCAUGAAACUAUUAACGAGACCAGGGUUAAAAUGCCUCUUGAGAACAUGCGUCUGAUUGGUCACGAGGGAAAUUCCUUGAGAGAUGAAUCUAUGGAAACGGAGUUCAAUGAAAUCAGUAAUCUUGUGCACACCCCCAGUUACUACAUGGCGGUGAGUAUGUCUGAUGCUGAGAGUCAUCGAUCUUCUAAAGUGAUCACUCUACCCCAGGACAAAACCGACAACUAUUUAGGUGAUUCCUUAGAUACAGAGACUUCUAGUCCAGACUCAACCAAGUCACAGGUGAAACGAAGUCAGUCGGACUCUGCCAUUUCUAUACCCACCUCUAACUCACAGGGUGCUUGCUCAGGCACAAAUUCACCUUCAGUCAAAAAAGACAAGAUACUUAAGAAAAGAGCUGCAAAAUUUAGUGAACAUGGAAAAUAUGCUAAACACAGCUCUACACAGACAUCAACACAGAGUUCUGCAGAAGAGAUGGGGAACACAGGUAGAAGACCAGCCCCUCUGACUUAUCAAGACUCAAGAGAGACUCAAGCCUUCCCAAGUUCCAGUGGGUUUCCUGUUGAGGAAAGUAUGGAUGACUAUUUGGAAAAAAUGAAUUCCUUGAACACAUCAAAUGAACAUUUGAAUCAGAGGGGAGAAGAAUUUCUUCAGCAUGAAGAGAUAAAUGCUGCAGAAGAUCAUCUGCUAGAGUCUGAUGUUCAUUCCCCAUUUUUGGAGGCAUCAGGCAACCAUGUUGGAGAAAUUUCAGAGGUCUUUUUAGGGAAUUUACAAGAGCAAGCAGAAUUCGAGCAGUUGUUGCCUUCAGCAGAGGAUGGGGAUUCUGUGGACUCAAAAGAAGGUUUCUGUGUGUUUGUGCCUAGCACUUCUGACAUUGGCGAGGAAGCAAUAUUGACUCAGCCUGAAAGAUUGAAGGAAAGUGAUAAUAAUACAUCUCACAGAAGAGACAGACUAUCAAGACAAAAAAAGAUAGACGGGAAAGACCCCACUGAAAGUGAUCAUAACUCCAAUGUGAUUCCUGACCUAUCAGGUGACUGGUCACAUGACCCAAGUUCCCCAGUGUGCAAUUCUGUGAGCCCAGUGGGCUCGCCCUCCGCGAGUGACAACGUCACUCAAGGUAAUCGAGGUUCGUCCAAGAAAAGCAAGAGACCUUUACAGACUAGUUCCCCCAGAGAAGUCAAAUCCCAGAAUUCUAGUCACAAAAAAACUACACCUGUUUGAAACCUGUAGACCCAGUUUGCAGUUCUGGUUUUGGCAAGGUUGGGUUUUAUUUUCCCUACUAGCCCCAUUUGUGAAUUAAAUACAAUUAAAUGAUCUUGCACUUUGUGAACAUUUUCAAUAAAGCAUGGUUGUGUUCAUUUGAGAAUGAUUUAAAUUUUUAAAACGUGUUAGGAAAAAACCUUGCAUUUUUGUUCUGAGAAUUGAUAUUAAGCAAGAUCUUGUUUGCCUAACAUAUUCAGUAUGGACUAUUUAGGUUAUUGUGUCUAAAAUAUCUAAAAUAUAUGUAAAACCCGCAUGUGUAUUUAUGAUUCUUUUUUUUUUUAUUGCAAUGACAGUAUUACAAUCUUCAUUUCUGCAUGAUACUCACUUGUAUGUGUUUUUGUCAGUGUUAGAAUCGUUGCAAUAUGAUUGUAAUUAUUUAAUCAUCUGUAUAUUACCUGCAUCAUGUCAGCCUAUGUAUGUAAAUGUAUGUAAAAAUCCUAUGUUGCUGAGCAUAUCUGUGGAACACUUGAAGCACAGUAUUAAGACUGCUGGUAUGCUAAUAAUGAAAGCUAGUGAAGUAAAUUAUGAUUUGUGACAAAUUA